AUGCCGCGAGUCCCUGCGCAGCCAUCUUUUGGCGAGCGCAGAGGGCAUCGUUUGGCGCCGCUGCAGACAAAUUUUACUAGCCCUCCGACGGAGCAACAGCAACAGCCACCGCCGCCGCAGCUUAAGACAGAAGCCUCGCGACUACAACGUCCUCGGCCCAGCGAUCCCAUCGCCAAUGGCUCCGAAGGACCGGUUCCUCUCACGAGCCCGGUCAAGCGCCAGUCCUCAAAAACCAGUCUGCGCAGUCUCUUCUCGCGCGACAAGAGCUCGCGUGCCGCUGUGGCCCCCGAUAGCAGACUCGACGAGAUUGAGGAGAGCCAACCCGCUCCAUCGCAGAUCACCACGCAGAUUGCGACAGUUUUAGAUACACCCUUGUCGCCCACCGGCACUCUGGCAACCCCACACACGAUGGUCUCGACCCCGACGACGCUCACGUCUCCGACGACACCCCGCGCACGAAAUACGUUGAAGACGGCUCGGCCACGGCCUCCUGAAGGAAAUGCGCCCUCGCAAGAACAGUACGGCUGGAAGCCACCGCCAUUGUUUCAGGCCUAUCCUCAGUCGACAAAGCAUGAGUGUCUCUCGGCGCCUGCGAUGUCGGCGGAUGCGAUCCUACGCCUCCACGCGACGGGGAAAAGUGCGGGGGACGACAGCCGGUCUGGUACUUCGGGACAAGAUGAGAAGAAGAAGGAACAGAGGGAGCGGAAGCACAUGCGUACACUUUCUGGGACCAUUAACAAAGUCGAAUGGACGCAAAAAAUCUUCGUGCUCGCUACGGCGGGAUUCAUCCUACAGUAUACCGGCGAAGGGAAGCAUGACCGAUUGCCCGAGAAAAUGCUCCAGUUGGGGCCGCACUCGGUGGCAUUCGCCAGCGAUGCCAUCCCAGGCAGGCACUGGGUUGUUCAGAUUUCGCAGAAUCCAGCGGCCGACGCUGUUAAUGCCCCUGAACCACCCAAGCCUCGUCUGACAUCGCGCUUUGGAUUCCAUCGAUCCCACGCCCGACGGUUGGCACGCAGUUUUCUCAUGGUCUUCGACAACCCGGACUCGAUGAUUUCUUGGUUGAUGGCGAUUCGCGCCGAGGUGGAAGCCCGUGGGGGUCCCAAGUUCACUAUGGAGAAACACUCGGAGGAUGAAGUAGAGCCUCGGCUUCGCUCGAAAGCGAGCGUUCGGCAAAUGGUGAAGAAAGACCCGCAUCGGAUUUCGAGCCUCUUUCUUCAGCCGCAAUCCCUUCGUCUCCCGGGUGAUGACGGGGAUGGCAAGUCCGUCGGUGGUAUUACCUUACAAUCUCGACGGAGCUCAUACGUGUCGGAUAAUCGUCGCUCAAUGCUCGACUCGCGCGCAGGAUCUGUGUCGACAGGCUGGACGGAGGCUACUCCUCCCAUGAACCACGAUCCCCCGGUGUCACCCACCGCGCCGUCAAACCCUUACGGUCUCCCUGAAUCUGUGCUGAGGGAGGUGGACCAAAUGAUUGCUCGUAGUCCACCUUCAUCCAGUAAUGGUAAUAGCCAAUCGCUCUAUAUGUCGCCGACAUCGCCACCAGCCUCAGUUGCUUCACAACCGCAAACAUCCAAUAUUCCUGAGACCUUUGCUCGGAGCGCAUCUCCGCCAGCCCCGAAUUUUAGCGUGCCUUCGUUCAGCAAAAAGUUUGUACCAAGGCAGGGCCCGGCCCCCGUUAAUAUCCAGGCUUCCUCGCCGCCGUCUGUGAGCGGUGUUCUUCUCCGGGGCGAGAGCGUCAGUGAUAUGACCAUCUCCAGCGUCUCUUCUCCACCACAGUCGCCCACUUAUAGUGCUGCAAGCUCGCGCCAUACCGACCUCUCCGAGCCUGCACCGCUCCCAAGAGAUGGCACUGGUCGGACGUUGCGAACCUACAAUUCCGAGGAUGUGCUGUCGCGAGUGGUUCGGUCGUCACAGGCUGCUUCCAACUUCUCUCGUGUCCCAAGAACACCAGCGCCAGCUGAGACCAGUCCGCCGCCAUCUCGUCCUCUCAGCUUGAUCGGUCGUUCGGGACUGGGAAUUCAGAUGAAUGGCGAGUCCCAGCCUCCCAGCGCUCCCCCUGCAGCGCCUCUUCCGCAGCCGCCAGUGUCGCAGCCUGCCCCGCGCAACCGUGUGCCCUCAGCACAUGCAGAUGCUCAACGCCCGCAGAGUAUGAGUCGACGAAAGAGCAUGCCUGGUCUCGCAGUCGGUCCUCCCGCUGCGCCGCCGCCUAAUUGCCCACUCCCGAAGAUUCCCUCGCCAAUAGCUGCGAAGGCGCCUCCCACCUGGUCAAAAUCCAAGACGACAUCUCCAACCACCCGUUUUUAUCAAUCGCAGCAAGUCCAGAGUCAGGUUUUCGAUAAUCGGAAGAGUGGCCUGCCUGAGCCAAACACGCCUAGGACAGCAGCUCGCCAGUCUCGCAUGCUUUAA